AUGAAAAGGAUAAAAGAACAUCUGUCUAUUGCCAUUGCAGCUGCAGAAAUCACGAAAACUAUGGAUGAGCAACAGAAACACUGUUCAUCGACUAUUCAGCAGUACUAUCAUUCAUAUGAUGAUGUGCUCGAGUAUUUCAAAUCAAUGGGGGAUAACUUAAAAACAAUGCCGACAGAUCGAAAACGACCUGCAUCACCAACAAAUGAUUUAGUGAUCAAAGUGGAAACGAAGCGGCCAAAACAUGAUCAAUCAUUUGUUGAAAUUCAAUCAGUAGUUGAUGUUCGAAAACGUUCAUUCUCACAUUGGCCAUUGAAACAACCAUCCCUGUCACAAAUGAUUGCCAGUGGAUUCUUCAGUUGCAAUGUAAGUGAUCGAGUGAUUUGCAUUUAUUGUAAUUUGAUCUGUCAACAGUGGAUUCUCACCGAUGAUCCGAGUGAAGUUCAUCGAAUACUAUCGCCAAAUUGUUGUUAUGUUCAAUCCAAUCUCGUCUCAAUAAUGACACCCACAAAAGUCAUUCUUAAUGAAACACCGAACGGUGCAUCAAGCACCGAAAUGGUGCUGGCCCAAGCAUGUAAUAAAGCCUUUAUAGAAAUACCCAAACGUCAUUCAACAUUUGUAAAAUGGCCCGAAAACAAACCGGCACCACCCGUGGAUGAAAUGGUCAGAGCAGGUUUCUUUUAUUCUGGAACGGGAACGAUCGUCUCCUGUUUCUAUUGCAAUGGAUCACUACAAAAUUGGUCGGCGAAAGAUAAUCCGACAAAUGAACACGCUCGCUGGUUCCCACAUUGCGGGUACAUCCGACAGUUGUGUGGAGAUGAUUUAUAUCAGAAAAUUCAACAAUCAAAACAAUUUCAAAAGAAAUCAGGGAUCUCGUCAACUACUACACAAUUACUCAUACCGGAUGAGAAUACACUAACGAAAUAUGUUGCAGCUCGAUUAGACUUACCUGAAUCUCAACGAUUACUAAACACAUUUAGAUUAUCGAUUGUAAAACGAUGCUACGAAGAUCAACUGAGAUUGAAACUUGAUGAUUUUCCAAGUGAUAGUGAUUUAUUUAUGGCCUGUUUGAUCUUACAAAAGCAGAUUGACGUUAUCGAUGGUAAGAAAGAGAACAUUAUUAUACCAUCUAGAAAGCUUCGAGACAUAGCGAAUAAAAACAAAGAAGAGCACAAAACAUUCUUGAAUACCACUGAACCAGCUAAUACAGCCGAAUUGGAAAAGAGUCAAACCACAAUACCGAGUUCGAGUUCACAUUCAAGCGUGUGUGUUCUGUGUAUGACAGAUGAAAAAUGUUUGGCGUGUAUGCCAUGUGGCCAUGUGGCUACGUGCGUGCCGUGCGGUCAUUCCCUUCGAACGUGUCCAAUGUGUCGACAAGCUAUAGACAGUUUUGUUCGAGUUUAUAUUUCCAGUACUUAA